GGGCCUAGCUUGCUUUCCCUUCCGGCAUUAGCACAGCAGGCCUUUAUUUUGGGCCUAGCAUUCACUUGGACGCAGAUAGGAUCAGAACACAAUUUCUCUGAGUUGAAGGCGUGCCCACCCAAUUUGACGAAACAUUGAGAAAUUUUACAGCAGUCGCGUGUUGGUCUUGUCCAGCCUAUCUACUUCCAUCUCCUCCUCCGUUGCUGUGUCUGGGAAUUCAUCGCUCCAUGGCUCUGCCUCAGAAUCACUACCAGCAGCACUAUCAAUCCCAACAGCAACACCAAUCGAUAUCUUUUCGAAACUUGUACACCGCCGAUGGUCAUGUUUCUCAACCCAUCUCCUAUUUCAAUCCCUUCAAUUUGCAGGAGCAUUCCCAGCAUCCUCCUUACGUUCCUCCAUCCCCUGGCCAGGACGCCAGUGAUGGAGUAGCGGAUUUUCACUGGAUGCAUGGCAUUGAACCCAAAAAGAAAAGGUUGAAGGAGCAAGAUCUUUUUGAGAACAAUUCCCAAAUAUCAUCCAUUGAUUUCUUGCAGCCACGCCCAGUUUCCACGGGACUGGGUUUAUCGCUUGACAACACCCGCAUGGCUUCUACAGGCGACUCGCCUUUGGUUUCUCUUAUAGGUGAUGACAUUGAUCUUGAACUACAGCGACAGGACGAAGAUAUUGAGAAAUUCCUCCAUGUUCAGGGUGAAAGGCUACGACAUACCAUAUUAGAGAAGAUCCAAGCAAAUCAACUCCAAACUCUCUCGACUGUGGAAGAAAGAAUUAUUAAGAAACUACGAGAAAAAGAGGCCGAGGUGGAGUGUAUUAACAAGAAGAACAUCGAACUCGAACAGCGGAUGGAGCAGCUGUCAAUGGAAGCUGGUGCUUGGCAGCAGCGGGCUAGGUAUAACGAGAACAUGAUCACAGCUCUCAAGUUCAAUCUUCAGCAGGUGUAUGCUCAAAGCAGGGAUAGCAAGGAAGGAUGCGGGGAUAGCGAGGUGGAAGACACUGCAUCGUGCUGCAAUGGUCGGUCGCUUGAUUUUCAACUGCUUCGCGGCAAUAGCAAUGAUAUAAAGGAUUUGAUGUACUGCAAAGCUUGCAGGGUUAAUGAAGUGUGCAUGCUUUUGUUGCCCUGUAAGCAUCUCUGCCUGUGCAAGGACUGCGAAAGUAGGCUUAGCUUUUGCCCUCUCUGUCAAUCCUCUAAAUUCAUAGGUAUGGAAGUUUAUAUGUAAAAGGUAUACUUUGCACGACCCAAACAUACGCUUAACUCAUAUAUACACUUACUCUUUGGUGAUUAUGUA